AUGUCGUCUUACAUUAUCGCAUGCAUAGUGCUUACCAGCACUGUUGCGGCUCAGCAGCCGGCCUGGGCUCAAUGUGGUGGGCAGGGACAUACUGGUGACGUUAGCUGUAUCUCCGGAUACACAUGCGUUUCUUUGAACGAUUAUUAUUCUCAGUGCCAAGCAUCAUCUACAACCUUAUCAACGGUCACAGUGACGACAGCUCACACUGCGCCCGCCGCAACCUCCUCUACAGUUACCAUAGCAGGAGAAUUUCAAUUUCUGGGCCGAGUCAACCCAGCAACAAGAGAGCUGAGCUGGCCAGGAGCGGGCCUAGCAUUCAAUUUCACGGGGACUUCUGCUUCCAUCAGUAUCUCGGCCGUGAGUGGUUCAGUCAGUGCUGAUUUGAGCAUUGACGGCGCCGAGCCGAUCGUCAUUCCAAACGUUGAGGGCACCUCCAUCUCUACUCCGCAAGGCCUAACCUUGGGGGUCCACACCGUCGUAUUACGUAAACGUUCUGAGCCGGAGUAUGGCUCAGUGAUUAUUGGCAACGUUACCGUUGACGGGAUUCUUGGAGCGUAUGCGGUACCGACGCGUCGUAUCGAGAUUAUCGGCGACUCAAUCAGCGUUGGGUACGGACUCGAUGGCACAAAUCCUUGCACGAACAACGCUUCUGUGGAGAAUAAUCCGAAGACAUAUGGUGCACUGGCUGCUAAGGCACUGGGAGCAGAGUAUAGUACCGUCGCAUGGAGCGGAAAAGGGCUUGUUCGCAAUAUCGCUAUCGGGGCACCAGACACGAGUCCAUUGAUGCCGGAGCUCUACACUCGAUACGGCGCGAAUGAUGCAGACAGCAGCUACACGUUCCCAGCGGCAACUGCCCCAAAUGCAGUUGUUAUAAACCUCGGCACCAACGACUUCAGCUAUAUCGCUUACACAUCAUCCGGAGAGCCGUACAAUGCGCGGGAGCCGAUCAAUGCCUCCACCUUCACCGCCGGGAUGGUGUCAUUUGUCCAAAAUAUUCAAACACACUACCCCGAUGCGCACUUCUUCCUGCUGAAUUCUCCGAUGCUCAGCGACUAUUGGCCUACUGCCGCUGAUGCGCAAAAGUCCACACAAACCAGCGCUAUUAAGGCCGCCAUCACACAGCUAGGUGGCUCGAAUAUUCAUUUUGUGGACUGGCCUACGCAGGGAUCAGACGUCGGGUGUGAUUAUCAUCCUAAUGCUGAUACACACGCGGCUGAAGGUACCGUUUUGGCAGAAGCCAUAGGCGCUGCGCUUAACUGGUGA